GUCCCCACAUUCCCACGGUCCCACAUUCCCCAGCCCUGCAGCGAGGACACUGCGCAGACAGCAAGAGAGAAAGCGGAGCUCGUUGGAUUUAAUCCAUUUUAUGUCCUAGAAAACAUUUGUACAGGUCACACUGAACAGCAGAUUGUUGUCUCAAGCCAGUGCUGAUCAAUGACAGUUUAGCUGCAGUAUGUCAGAGAAGAGAGGAAAGAUGAGUCUCUCACACAAACAGAGUGUAAGAUCAGGAUCACAUGUGUCUGUGAAGAGUGACCAGUCAAAGGAUAAACCACCAGACUUCAGUGAGAAAAAAACAUCUAUCGAAAGUGUAAGAUCAGACUCACAUGUGUCCAGCUCUGUGUCUGUGAAGAGUGACCGGUCAAAGGAUGAACCACCGAAAUUCAGUGAAGAAACAACAUCACGAACCAAACGGCUUCAGUAUGAAACAUUAGAUCCAGAUUUACAGUCUCACAGGAAACACAAGAAUUAUACAGACAGUCUCCUGCAGAUCUUCCAGGAUCUUGAGAGCAAAAUAAUCAAAUUUCUAAAGAAGGAACUGGAAAAGUUUAAGAAAAUAUUACAAAAAGAGAACUUACAAUACUUUGUGAAGGACUUUAAUGAGAACAGAUGCAGUAUGAAAGAAGCAGCUCUUGAUCUCACGCUCUACUUCCUGAGAGAGAUGAAGCAAGAUGAAGCUGCUGAUACUCUAGAAGAUGAGCUGGUCUUCAUUCAUCAGCUAAAGUGUAGCCUAAAGAAGAAGUAUCAGUGUGUGUCUGAAGGAAUUGCAAAGCAAGGAGACUCUACACUUCUGAAGAACAUCUACACAGAUCUCUAUAUCACUCAGGGUUGUAGUGAACAGGUCAAUACUGAACAUGAGGUGAGACAGAUUGAAGUUGCUUCCAGACGUCAUGAAUCACAGGAGAUACAGGUUGAGUGCAAACAUUUGUUUGAAGCACCUGAACAAGACAAGCAGAUCAGAACUGUACUGACAAAAGGAGUUGCUGGCAUCGGAAAAUCAGUCUCUGUACAGAAGUUUGGUCUGGAUUGGGCAGAAGGAAAAGAAAAUCAAGAUAUCAGCUUCAUAUUUCCUCUUCCAUUCAGAGAGAUGAACUUAAAGGAGCAAGAAAAACUAAGUUUGAUGGACCUUAUAACUCAGUUUUUCCCAGAGACAGAAGGACUGAACCUUACGAGAAGAAAUCAAUUCAAAGUCUUGUUCAUUCUUGAUGGAUUGGAUGAAUGUCGACUUCCUGUAAACUUUAAGGAUAAUGAGACGUGGUCUGAUGUUUCAUCACCAGUCUCUCUGGAUGUUCUCCUGACGAACCUCAUCAAGGGAAAUCUGCUUCCUUCUGCUCUCAUCUGGAUCACCAGCAGACCAGCAGCUGCCAGUAAGAUUCCUCCUGACUGUAUCGACCGGCUGACAGAGAUACGAGGAUUCAAUGAUGCACAAAAGGAGGAGUACUUCAGAAAAAGAUUCACGGAUGAGAAUCAGGCCAAAGAAAUCAUUGAUCAUGUUAAACAAUCAAAGAGUCUCUUUAUCAUGUGCCACAUCCCAGUCUUCUGCUGGAUUUCAGCCACUGUUCUCCAGAACAUUUUAGAGGAGAAAAGAAAUAAUGUUGUGAAAAACAGUCAGGCUGAUGAUGUCUCCAAAACACUGCAGGAGUCAAAUACUGAAGACACUCCUAAGACUCUGACACAAAUGUACACACACUUCCUCAGAUUUCAGAUCCAGCAGAGCGGACGAAAGUAUGAUGGAGAACAUACACCAGAUGUUUCCUGGGAUAAAGAUGCCAUCUUUUCACUGGGGAAACUGGCAUUUGAUCAGCUGGAAAGAAACAAUGUGAUCUUCUAUGACACAGAUCUGGAAGCCUGUGGUAUUGACGUCUAUAAGGCAUCAGUGUACUCAGGCAUGUGUACCCAGAUCUUUAAGGAGGAAACAGGGAUCACUCUUGGUACCAUGUACUGCUUCGUUCACUUGAGCAUUCAAGAGUUUAUUGCAGCCCUUUAUGCACAUCUGUUUCUAGACAUAAAGAAGAAAAGUAUAUUUGUUCAUGCGUCUACAAAAUGGAAAUAUAAAAGUGAAACCAUGAUUGAUUUGCUCAAGACUGCAGUGGACAAGACACUAGAGAGUGAUAAUGGACACCUGGAUCUUUUUCUUCGCUUCCUCCUUGGUUUGUCACUCCAGUCCAAUCAGAGACUCUUACAGGGUCUGUUGAAACAGAAAAAUAGAAAUGAGCAGAGCAAAAAGGAAAUGGUUCAGUACAUCAAGCAGAAAUUAGAGUCUAAUCUGUCUCCAGAGAGAUCCAUCAAUUUGUUCUACUGUCUGAAUGAACUGAACGACCAAACUCUGGUGAAAGACAUUCAGACCCACCUUAGCAAAGGAAGUCUCUCAUCUGCUGAUCUUUCACCUGCCCAGUGGUCUGCUUUGGUCUUUGUGUUGUUGACAUCAGAGGAGGAGCUGGAGGAGUUUGAGCUUCAGAAAUUCAAGAAAUCAGACGAGUGUCUCAUUAGAUUAUCAGCAGUCAUCAAAACCUGCAAAAGAGCUCUGCUAAAUGAUUGUGGCUUAACAGACAAAAGCUGUCCAGCUCUGGCUUCAGUUCUUGGAUCAGAUACCAGUCUGAAAGAGCUGAACAUGAACAAUAAUAAUCUGCAGGAUUAUGGAGUUAAGAUGCUCUGCACUGGAUUGAAAUAUAAAAAUUGCAAAUUAGAGAUACUGAGACUUUCAGACUGCAGUAUCACUGAAGAAGGUUAUAAAGCUCUGUCUUCAGCUCUGAGAUCAAACCCUUCACACCUGAUAGAGCUGGAUCUCACAGGAAAUGAUCCUGGAGAAUCAGGAGUGAAGCUGCUCAGUGAUUUACUACAGGAUCCAAACUGUCAACUCAAGACUCUGAGGUUUUUGGGUCCUGCUGCAGAUGAAGGCUGUCAGUAUGUGACUGGAAUUGUGGGUAAAAACCCGUUACUCCUGAGAGAGCUGAAUCUGAGUGAUCAUGAACUAGGAGACACAGGAGUGAAUCAGAUCUCUGCUCUACUGCAGGAUAAACACUGUACACUCAACACACUGAAUCUGUGUGUAUGCAGUAUUACAGAGAAACAGUGUCUCAUCCUGACUUCAGCUCUGAAAUCAAACCCAUCACACCUGAGAGAACUGAACCUGAGCAGGAAUAAACUACUAGGAGACUCUGGAGUGAAACACCUCAGUGAUCUACUGAUGAACACACAAUUCAAGCUGGAGAAACUACAGUUAGUAUCAUUAUACUCUACAGCAGUUACAGUCAGAUUAAAGAUCACUGUUUACUUUCAGAAAGUCACCAUGAAAUUAAAGUUGACAGUUAUUAUUUUUUAUGGAAUAUUUCAGUGCUGAAAUGAUUUAUCUGAGCACAUAAUGUAUUUCUAAUCCUGAUCUUUGAUCUGAAUAACUUUCCUUCUCCUCACAACUGUCAUGAAUCCUGUCCGUGGUCUUCCGUCCGCUCUCCACCAGAGGUCCCGCUCCUAUUAUAUUGACUCACACUACACAGACUGUUAUGUGUCCCCCGGACUACAUUUCCCAUGAUCCAUUGCACUGAUUAACCAUAACUGAAGGAGAUUCAUCUGUGAUUAUGAACGUGAUAUUUAAUAUCUUGAUAGUGAACUACGGUUCUGUUUAUUAAAUGCUGCUCCAUCUGAAAUCAAUCACUUUAAAUAAUAGUGUAAGUAUUAAAAUAACAAACUCAAAUGGACAAAAAUGUGUUUUAAGCUUAUUAAUAUUUUGAGUCUCUUCUCCCUCACCUCACAGUGCUUUAGUCCAGGGCCUGCUUUCUUCUUGUACAUAUCUCACACACACACACACACACACACACACACACACACACACAUUUUUCGAUGAGUCCACUAGUGAUAAUAAUGUUACCUGCUUGACAGAAAGGGUUGCCAGGUUUUCAAAACAAAAUCCACCUAAUUGCUUCUCAAAACUAGCCCAAACUAACCACAUUUCGAGGGGGUCCCUUGGUAAAAAUAGCGUUCCGGGGCUAAAAUACACGUCACUGGGGUCGUUUCAACCCAGAGCAACAUUGAUAAAGUUUCAAAUCCAUGAGAAAACUGCAGACUUGGCAACACUGUGAGGAUAGUAAUGUCUACAACAGACUCAAGCGCUGUCUCCUGCUGCACUAAUAGUAGUAAGACUUUCCUCUGUGGAUACACUUCCUCACAAGUGCAAUUCUAGCUUUUACGCCCAGUUUACGCCCUGCAUGUGAUUUAUUGAGCAGCCCUACAUUCAGAAGAGCACAUCAGUUUUUCAGCCUGGUUCUCUUCUGAGAAGCUGGUGACCCAUCAAAUAUAACAACAAAACAUACAUUAAUAAUAGUAAUGAUAUUAUUGCAUUU